AGAUGGCGCAGCCGCGGCUCCGGCGAUAAGCAGUAGCGGUUACGCGACUCUCGACUGCGGGACGUUUCUGCAGCGCAGGGGGGGAAAUGCGGGCGCCUUCUUACUGCGCGAUGAUAAAAUGACAUUGGUGUCGCACAGGAAAGCUGCCUUUGCAACUGAUCGGAUCUUCCUUGUAUAGUUAGAAACCGCUCUGAGGAACUGAGAGGGAGAGAAGGGAAUGCUGUUUGGGCGAAAUUAAUAAAUAAAUGUCCCCAUUCUAGCCCUGGUCGGAGAUGCUGCUGCAUUGAGACCGUUGGGGGGUGGGGGGUGGUGGGGAGAUUCUCGCACAAAAGUGGAUAGGCAGAGAUUACAGAUAACAGACCACUGUUAGCUGUACACGUUUGCCUGUUCUCUGCAAGAUAUCAGACAGGUACUCUGAAGAUCGGACAGUUUUUUCGCUCUUUCUCUCUCUUUUUUUAAAGCCAAAUAAUAUAUCACUUUCUACUUUUAUUUUAUUUGACAUUUUUCAAAUAGUAGUGUUAUUUUCCUGCUGUAAGUAAAUCGGAUCUAAGCGAUUUUUUUUGCAACUUUCACUCAUAUUCUUCCAUGAAAACGACUAAAUCAAGCUUUGAUUUCUUGGGAAUUUUACCAGGAUCAUGUGGACCCCAACGGAAGAAGAAAAAAUCGGAGUCGUGAUCUGUAACUUCCGGGGCUCCGUGUCUCAGGGCCUCACUCUAGAGAUCGGUGAAAGCGUUCAGAUACUUGAAAAGUGCGAAGGAUGGUACAGAGGAUUUUCGACCAGGAAGCCUGCAAUCAAGGGGAUCUUCCCGGCAAGCUACGUUCACCUGAAGAAGGCCAUUGUAACCAACCGAGGACAAUACGAGACCGUGGUGCCCCUGGAGGACCCCAUCAUCACGGAAGUCACGAGCACGCUGCAGGAAUGGGCUGUCUUGUGGAAGCAGCUGUAUGUGAAGCACAAGGUGGACCUUUUCUACAAGCUACGUCACGUGAUGAACGAGCUGAUCGACCUGCGGAGGCAGAUGCUGUCCGGUCACCUGACGCAAGACCAGAUCCGUGACGUCAAGCGGCAUAUUACAGUCCGGUUGGACUGGGGCAACGAGCACCUGGGCUUGGAUCUUGUGCCAAGAAAGGACUUUGAGAUGGUGGAUGCCGAUCAGAUCAGCGUUUCCGACCUCUACAAAAUGCACCUCUCCAGCCGACACAGCGUUCAGCAAAGCACCUCCCAGGGCGACAGCAUGCGGCAGCGUCACGGCGAGGCCUGCCGCAUCCCUGUUCCCCAUCACCUCUUCGUCAGCUUGAAGAGCUUCACCUACAACUCCAUCGGCGAGGACACCGACAUAUUCUUUUCCCUUUAUGACAUGAGGGAGGGCAAGCAGAUCAGCGAGAAGUUCAUGGUGAGACUAAACAAAAACGGAGGCCCUAAGAAUCCUGAGAAGGUCGACCGCCUUUGCUCCCUCUUCACGGAUUUAAGCAAUAAAGAUAUGAAGAGAGACCUGUAUAUUGUGGCACAUGUCAUCCGGACAGGCCGGAUGCUGCUAAACGACUCCAAGAAGGGCCCGCCGCACGUGCAGUACCGCCGGCCGUAUGGAUGCGCCGUCCUGGCCAUGAGCGACGUGCUGCAGACCAUCUCCGAGCUCAAAGAGGAGAAGGACUUUGUGCUGAAGGUCUACACUUGUAACAAUGAAAAUGAGUGGUACCAGAUCCACGAAAACAUCAUUCGCAAAUCCAGCACCAAGUACACGGCUCCUAGCACAAACUACGGCCUGAUCAUUUCCCUCCAGCUACUGCGGGGGGAGAUGGAACACGUACGCAGGGAGAAUCCGAUGAUAUUCAACCGGGGGGCGGCAGUCACACGCAAGCUGGGCUUCCCCGACGUGAUCAUGCCAGGUGACAUCCGGAAUGACCUGUAUCUCACCCUGGAGCGCGGGGACUUCGAGAGGGGAGGGAAGAGCGUCCAGAAGAACAUCGAGGUCGCCGUCUUUGUGCUGUAUGCUGAUGGCGAAGUCCUCAAAGACUGCAUCAGCCUUGGCUCCGGGGAGCCCAGUAUCAGUGAGCACCGCUCCUUUGUACUCUACCACAACAACAGCCCUCGCUGGAGCGAGCUGAUCAAGCUCCCCAUCCCCAUCGAUCGCUUCCGCGGCUCCCACCUGCGCUUCGAGUUUCGCCACUGCUCCACUAAGGACAAGGGGGAGAAAAAGCUGUUUGGCUUUGCUUUCACCCCGCUGAUGAGAGAGGAUGGUACCACCCUGUCGGACGAGAGCCAUGAACUUUACGUCUACAAGUGCGACGAGAACACGACCUUCAGCAACCAUGCACUUUACCUGGGUCUGCCGUGCUGCAAGGACGACUUCAACGGCUGCCCCAACAUCCCCUCCAGCCUCAUCUUCCAGCGCAGCACCAAGGAGACGCUCUGGAUCUCCACACAACUAUCAUCCACCAAGCUGACCCAGAACGUGGACCUCCUGGCCUUGCUGAAAUGGAAGGCUCACCCAGACAGGGUGAUGGACAUCCUGGGAAGACUUCGCCACGUCAGUGGAGAGGAGAUCGUUAAGUUUCUGCAAGACAUCUUGGACACCCUUUUCUCCAUUUUGGAUGAUAAUACUGACAAAUACGGCCCUCUGGUAUUUCAGUCAUUGGUCUUCAUCAUUAAUUUGCUUCGAGACAGCAAGUAUUAUCACUUCCGGCCCGUCAUGGACACCUACAUCCAGAAACAUUUCGCCGGUGCCCUGGCUUACAAGGAGUUGAUUCGGUGCCUGAAGUGGUACAUGGAUCGCUCAGCUGAAGUAGUUCGCCAAGACCACAUCCAGGAGGCCAUGAGGGCCCUGGAGUACCUGUUCAAGUUCAUCGUGCAGAGCCGCAUCCUCUACUCCCGCGCCACCUGUGGCAUGGAGGAGGACCAGUUCCGGACCAGCAUCCAGGAGCUCUUCCAGUCCAUCCGCUUCGUGCUGAGCCUGGACAGCCGCAGCUCAGAAACGCUCAUCUUCACCCAGGCGGCGCUGCUGAACUCCUUCCCUGCCAUCUUCGAUGAGCUGCUGCAGAUGUUCACCGUGCAGGAGGUGGCGGAGUUCGUGCGGGGCACCCUGGGCAGCAUGCCCAGCACCGUGCACAUCGGCCAGUCCAUGGACGUGGUCAAGCUGCAGUCCAUCGCUCGCACGGUGGACAGUAAGCUCUUCUCCUUCCCCGAGUCCCGCAGGAUCCUGCUGCCCGUGGUCCUCCACCACAUCCACCUGCACCUGCGACAGCAGAAGGAACUUCUUAUCUGCUCCGGGAUCCUCAGCAGCAUCUUCUCCAUCAUCAAGGCCAGCUCUCUGGAGAUGUCGGUGCAGGAGGAGGUGGAGAUGAUGGUUGAAAGUCUCCUGGAUGUUCUGCUUCAGACACUGCUUGCCAUCAUGAGCAAGUCUCAGUCUCAGGAGGCGGUAAGAGGCCAACGCUGCCCGCAGUGCACGGCUGAGAUCACUGGCGAGUACGUCUCCUGCCUCCUCUCUCUGUUGCGCCAGAUGUCAGACAUACAUUUCCAGCACCUCCUGGAUAACUUCCAGAGCAAAGAGGAGCUGAAGGAGUUCCUGCUGAAGAUCUUCUGCGUGUUCCGCAAUCUCAUGAAGUUGAGUAUCUUUCCCAGAGACUGGAACGUGAUGAGGCUGCUGACCAGCAACAUCAUUGUGACCACCACCCAGUAUUUGUCACCGGCUUUGCACAAAAACUUCACCGACGCCGACUUUGACUUCAAGGUGUGGAAUUCCUACUUCAGUCUGGCCAUCUUGUACAUUAACCAGCCCAGCCUGCAGCUGGAGACCCUGACCCCAGCCAAACGGAAGAAAAUUCUGGAAAAAUACGGUGACAUGAGGGUGAUGAUGGCCUAUGAGCUCUUCAGCAUGUGGCAGAAUCUCGGUGAGAACAAGAUCCAUUUCAUCCCUGGCAUGAUCGGGCCCUUCCUGGGCGUGACGCUGGUUCCUCAAGCGGAGGUUCGCAACAUCAUGAUACCCAUCUUCCAUGAUAUGAUGGACUGGGAGCAGCGCAAGAAUGGCAACUUCAAACAGGUGGAGGCAGAGCUCAUCGACAAGCUGGACAGCCUGGUGUCUGAGGGCAAGGGGGACGAGAACUACCGUGAGCUCUUCGGGCUGCUAACUCAGCUCUUUGGCCCUUACCCCAGCCUCCUUGAGAAGAUCGAGCAGGAGACCUGGCGCGAGACGGGGGUCUCCUUCGUCACCUCGGUCACCCGUCUCAUGGAACGUCUGCUGGACUACAGGGACUGCAUGAAGGGAGACGAGACAGAAAACAAGAAGAUUGGCUGCACUGUAAACCUUCUCAACUUCUACAAAUCGGAGAUAAAUAAAGAGGAGAUGUACAUUCGCUACAUUCACAAGCUGUGUGAUAUGCACCUGCAGGCAGAGAACUAUACAGAGGCAGCAUUCACACUCCUGCUGUACUGGGAACUGCUCCACUGGGAGGACCGACCGCUCAGGGAGUUCUUGCACUAUCCCUCCCAGAGCGAGUGGCACCGCAAGGAGGGUCUUUGCCGCAAGGUCAUCCACUACUUCAACAAAGGGAAGUGUUGGGAAUAUGGUAUCCCCUUGUGCCGGGAGCUAGCCUUCCAGUACGAAACACUCUAUGAUUAUCAGAGUCUCAGCUGGAUACGGAAAAUGGAGGCGGCCUAUUAUGACAACAUCAUGGAGCAGCAACGGCUCGAACCCGAGUUCUUCAGGGUGGGGUUUUAUGGCAGAAAAUUCCCUUUUUUCCUCAGGAACAAGGAGUUUGUUUGUAGGGGACAUGAUUAUGAGAGGCUUGAAGCGUUCCAGCAGAGGAUGCUGGGAGAAUUCCCUCAAGCUAUUGCCAUGCAGCAUCCCAACCAACCAGACGAGUCCAUUUUACAGAGUGAUGCCCAGUACCUCCAAAUCUACGCCGUCACGGCAGUGCCUGAAAGUGCGGACGUCCUCCAGUUGGACCGUGUGCCGGACCGCAUCAAGAGCUUCUACCGGGUCAACAACGUGCGGCGCUUCCGAUACGACCGGCCCUUCCACAAGGGCCCUAAAGACAGAGACAAUGAGUUCAAGAGCCUUUGGAUUGAAAGGACCACCCUGAUCCUAACACACCCUCUGCCCGGCAUCUCGCGCUGGUUUGAGGUGGAGAAGCGAGAGCUGGUGGAGGUGAGUCCCCUGGAGAAUGCGAUAUACGUGGUGGAGAACAAGAACCAGGAGCUCCGUACGCUGAUCACACAGUACCAACACAAGCAGCUCCACGGCAACAUCAACUUGCUCAGCAUGUGUCUCAACGGGGUCAUCGACGCAGCCGUCAACGGGGGCGUUGCCAGGUACCAAGAGGCAUUUUUCGAUAAGGAGUACAUUAGCAGUCAUCCGGAGGACACCGAGAAGAUCGGGCAGCUCAAAGACCUCAUGCAGGAGCAGGUUCACAUCUUGGGAGUGGGCCUGGCCGUCCACGAGAAGCUGGUGCACCCAGAAAUGCGUCCCCUGCACAAGAAGCUGAUAGAUCAGUUCCAGAUGAUGAGGAGCAGCCUGUAUCAUGGACUUCCCGGAUUGGACAAGCUGAGCCCGGCCUACUCCGGAAACAGCGCCCCCCGGGGCUUCCUGGCACCCCACAGCCCCAUGAGCCCCGAGAGCCUGAAGAUCAUGCACAGACACAGCCCGCUGAGCCUGCUGGGCUCUGUCCGCCAGUCCACGUCCUCACUGUCCUCUCACACCUCCAGCGAGACGGGCAACUUAGUCAUCCUAACAGACGGCAUGGUGUUGGAGCACCCAGAGGAUGUGUACAGGAUGCAGCCCAGCCCCUCCUCCUCCAGUCUGAGUUCCACUCACUCCGCCCCCUCACAGAUGAUGAACUCCGCCCCCUCGAGCACCAGAGGUUCCCCGUCGCUGCCAGACAAAUACAGGCACAGCAGGGAGAUGGUGAUGCUGCUGCCGCCGCACCGCGAGAGACCCAGCAGCGCCAUGUAUCCGGCCAUGACGGAGAACGGCCAGCCAACCAACUUCCACCGUGCCCUGUUCCACCAGGUGAUUGGCCCUUGCAAGCCGUGCAGCGACCCCAACCUUUCCGUGGCAGAGAAGGUCCUCGCAGCUCCCAGCAGCUGGAGUCUGGACAGCGGCACCAGGGAGGCUCUGCCCUUCCUGACGGCCCAUGUGGGGAGCGUGAUGUUGCCCCCAGUUCCACCACGCAGUCUGCCUCCCGGGCACUUCUCGAUGCACUUUGAUGCUUUCCACCACCAGAUCAGUGACCUACCCCCGGCUCUCCCUGCACGCUCUUUACGGAAGUCGCCUCUGCACCCCAUCCCUGCCUCCCCCACCAGUCCACAGUCCGGCCUGGAUGGCAGUAACUCCACACUAUCGGGCAGCGCCAGCAGCGGCGUCUCCUCCCUGAGCGAGAGCAACUUCGGGCAGUCCUCCGAGCAGCCUGCCCGCACAGACACCCUGGACUCCAUGCCCAGCCAGGCCUGGACCACAGAUGAGGACGUGGAGUCGUCUUACAUUCCCGUCCGCUACAGCGUGUCCGAGCCCGACGUCCUCGACUCCGUCAAACCACCAUGCCGCAGCCACUCCGCCCCCGGGGGAGUCAUCCCCGCUGUCCAGGAAGGUCAUACGCAUCAUCACGUCCACGCCCACGCCCACGCCCAUGCCCACUACCACCACGAGCCACCCCCGGCCCUGCCACCCAAGCCCUACCUGAGGGAGGGCUGCAUCCCUGAGGAGGACCUCCGACCUAUGGCACGGCCCAUCCCCAUGCCGCGGAAGAUCUCCCAGCCACUUCUCACCAACAAGGAGGAGCAGGCCAAAGUGGCGUGGGAGCAUGGCAUCAGUGAGGAGUAAGGUGGCCAGAACAGAGGCCAGGGGUUCUGGAGGGAGAUCCGGGAAAUGGAUGAGCCCAAAGUCAUAAAUGGAGAGGGGAUGAGGGUGGGUUUCAUUCCAGUCCUCCAGCUCGGAAUCUUGAGACUGCCCACCUACAUUCCAGUUGUACGGAAACACAAAGAGAUCUUAAACUUAACAUCGCAUUCUCACAGGCGGCAAAUCCAAAAGGAUGCCGGCGCCACAUUUCCAUGGGAUCCAUCUGCAUGUGGAACAGUAACUCCUGUAGUGAACAUCCCGGGAACACUGUACUCAACACUGGUCAUUGGUUUACUCUUAGCUUGUGUUAGUAGUGGAUCUGGAUGUCCAUUAGGAGACUCAAAAUGUUGUGUUUUUCCAUUGCGAUCAAUGGGUAUGUCAGCCAUUAGCUAAAACCCAAGCACAGCAUCCUUUCGUAAAUCAGAGUCGAGGUGUUUGAAUGUUAUUCUUUUGUGACACCUCUGGUUCUGUAAGAGUAUUUCAUUCUGUGAUCUGUUAAAUUUCAAGGCUAGUGUUUCUGCCAUACUCAAUACACAAGUAGCCUGCAUUUCAGACAGAACGGUCAACCAUAAAUCUGUUUCAGAAAAUAUAUAGUAAGCACUUAGUUAUUUAUUGUCCAUACAUAUAAUUUAAAAAGAUUUAUUAAAUGAAAAAAAAAUCUUUCAAGAUACAAACAUUACAAAAACCAAGUAAUACUUAGAAAACGAUUGCCUAGAUCAUCUCUAACUUUAUAAUAUUAGUUACAUGUUACACUUGUAAUCUAAAUUUAGAAGCUACGUGGAAAUUAUUUAAAUUAUUACAGAAGCAUUAACAAUCUGCAAAGCUAUACAUUUCCAUCAAGCAACUGAGACGAUCAGACCAGUUGUUUUUAAGUAUCUAAGCUACACAUAAAACAAGAUCUCGCAAUUCCGUUAGAGGCUGUAUCAUGUCGCAGUUACCCUCCUACCAAACAUGUUAUAAUCCAAUUAAAUAAAAUUUAAAUAAUAAAAAGGGACGACUAACUCAAAAGCUUUUUAAAGAUGUCACUUUACAGUUUGGCUGAGUUUUAUUUUGGGAAUUUGAAUUAUUUUUCAUUUAGCUGGUAAAAAAUAAAAUAUAUAUUUUUUAAAAAUUAAAUCUAGUCCUCCGCAAUUUAUUAUAGAAAUAGAUAUAUCGUAUAUUAAUAAAUCCCUAUGUCAUAGAUUGAGGAGGACGGGUGGUUCUCUGUAUGAAAUAUAUGCAAGACAGGGCUGAAUGUGCCCUUUAGCUGCUUGAUGAAGUGCACUGGAAUUCGGGGGGGGAGAUAUUUUCUGAAGGUUAUUAUUUAAAUGAAAAAAAAAAUAACUAACUGCUGUAUAUGUCAUUUUUUUCUAACUUUUUUUCAAUUUCAACUUUUUGUACAAUUACUAUGUGUGCAUGUUCCUCUCCUAGUACAGAAAUAAGUUAUAUUACUCAGACACCGCCCCCUUCCAGAUCACAUGACUUCACCAGACUAAUGGCAGGUGGCAGCUGAGCCGGGGGCGGAGACUGUCACGGACCUCUUGUUUAUAAGUAGUUGUUGCUGUUUGUUACACGAUUCCUCUCCUCUGAAUAUCGGUACGUGGUCAGCUCUGCGGGCUGACGUCGGCACCCAGUGCCCCGCUUCGCCCCGGAGCCAGCAAGCUUGCGGUGACCCAGCUGUGAAUCCGCUGUACAAGUGCUCCGUGAUGCCUGUAAGCUACGUCAGUGGACGCUCCAGACUCUCUUCGUCUCGCUUCCAUGAGCUCUUGGUUCUGCUGACACGUGUCGUGAACGUGGCUCUGCAAACUCUGCUAAUGGAUAACACAGCUGAGGACGGGAGGUGGGAUCCUUCUGCCCCGUGCGUAAAGCUGUUCGGCUCGGGUCUCACCGCGUAGUUACAUAUGAGCUCGACGUCUGUGUAAAUAUCUCUUCUUCUGUUCUAUAUAAUGCACCACAUGCAACCUUGUUUGUCUUAUCCGAUUGUGAGUUGCUUAUUUAUUGGCGAUGGAUGGCAAGCCCUUGGUUGGCAUUUGGAGUGGCAACAGCUUUUCAGUUUUUUGUCAGGGUCAUUAUUUCGAAAUGGAGUGGUGAGGAAUGUCAAUGGUUUUGGUUUGGAAGAGUCCAUCCACCUCCCCUUCCCCGAUGCCUUUUAAAAGCUGUUUACUGGGGGGGGUUUAAAAUACUUUGGCAUUGCCAUAAAAUGCUCAUGAGUAAAACUGCCUUUGCCUUUUUGCCCCCUUUGCUAUAUCUGCAACCACAGUUAAUUACUUAUGAGAGGUGUAACGAGGUUUAUUUCCUUCAGGUGUCCUUCAGCACUAACAUGCUGCAAGCUAACACUGAACACGUGAUAUGCAUACAUUUCAUAUACAUCGUAUCUAACCGAUUACUAUACUUGAAGAUUGUCCUUUCCACUGAAUAGGGGCUGUACGGUCUUUCCUACAGCUCAAUGUCGCCUUUUCUUAGGAUAACUGGGAAAGCACAUGGAAUCAUUUCUGUAAUAAACAAAUUUCUCUAAGUAGACUUAAGUAUAAUGUGGCCGUAACUUGAGCUAACCCCGGGGGGGGGGGGACAAUUCCGAAAUCUUCAUUAAACAUUUUUUUUUUUUGAUUCAAUAUAUGCAAUUGUCACUGCUAUAAGUGAUCAUAGGUCCAAACGAUCAUAACAUUUUAGGCUGUUUGGUUUAAAAAAAUGUAUCACUGACGCAGCACUUAAUUUAAUCACGUAAUGCCGCUUGCAGUAAGGUUUCUGUUCCUCAUUUAUCCUAAAAUAUUUUGUAUGCCUGUAGGUACUAAUUACUAUUGUGGCCUUUUGACUUGCUCUAUCAUACAGAUAUGUGACAAAAUAUAGUAAGGGAUGAGUUGCUAUGAAAAGGGCAUGAUUUCAUUCACAACUAUGGAUUAUAAAAUGUCUGACAAGAAAAUGGUAAACGGGGAAAUAUUACACUGUACAGAUGAGAGAUUUAUGGAGAAUAUUUUGACUGAUAUAUUGGCCAGUUGCAAAAUUACUGAUCUGGAUUUGUUUUAAAUGAAAUUAAAUUUUAAAUGAUUUUACAAACAGUACAUUCUGUAUGCAAAGAGUGAGGUUAUGAGAAAGUCAUUUUGAUUUUCAUAUGCGUCCUCAUGUUUUUGUUGACUAAAGGUGGAAAAGCCAUUGUAUUGACAAGGAACACUAACUUCUUUUGACUUUUAAUUUUAAUUUGUGUAAUUGUAUAAGGUUAGACAGAACUUUUACAGCCUAGUCAGGCUGAACUGUAACUUUGUACAGAUUAAUGACCGAGGAAGAUAGGUUAAGAUGUGAAUCAGGUUUUCCAAUAAUAUAGCAAACAUUUUCUUGAACUACUGACUAUUUAUAGAUCAAUUAUUAUUAGUGGUAACAAGACAAUACGUCUGUAAGUUUACAUUUUUUAAUUGAAGAGAAUGGAAGCGUGUUUGGGUGGUUGGAGAAGGUAUUUACAGGUCGGGUGUUGAGUGCGACAGGAUUUUAAACUUGAGGUACACAAGGGUAGGAGUGUGGUUUAAACGGGAGCAGUUGUAUUUUUUAGAUGCCAUUAUAAGACUAGAUUACCAGAGUAUUGUGGGAAAUGGGAUACCUUUCUGAGUACCACUGCAGUUGCUAAAACCAUUCAGUCUGGCUUUAUUUUGUGUAAAUAAUCCUUCCAAAAUCUGUCUAUUUAUAAGGUUUAAGAAGGGAAAACCAUGUAUAGACUGUGAUUAAUUGUCUGCAUUGUACUUUAUGAUGUAAAUGUGUUUAAAAGACGGUGACACUUUCAAACGCCUCCCGUUACUGUUAUUUUGUGUAUUUUGCGUUAAAGACAAAUAUGGUGGAGAAGCUGAAAACACACAAAAAAAAAUCUUUGUAUACGCAUUCUGAAAGGUACUUUCUUGUAUAUAUUGUGUUAGCAUGAAUAAACUGUGAUGUGGAUUUUAGAUGUAAAUACACACAUUUUUUUCCUACUCACUUAACCGCGUUGAUGUGGAAUUCAUUAAUAAUGCCUAACAUUAAAAAUUAUGUUUUACCGAC